CUCCCAACGCUCCAAUGAAUCCACUUCCUGAUACACCUGUUUGUCAGGUAGGGUAAUCAGCCCACAGUCUGCGGAGCGACCGAGAUCCUGAGUCAUGACAAAACAGAUAAUGGACGGAAUUUUUCCGAAGCCUUGACGCUACUUGGAAUUUUUUUUAAAUCGUAAUGCGAGAGAACCCGAUUUCACAACUUAAAAUGCGUCGACCGCGUCAAGGGAAUACCUCUCUGAAUGUCGUCUUGCUCCUCUAUUUGAUCGGCUCUUUCGCACCUUUCCUAGUCUCCUCCAUUACAGUGAGUACCCCAGCAGAGCUCCAUGCAUCUAAAGGGGAUACCGUCACAUUGUCCUGCACCUAUACUUCCACAAGUAGGCCGACUAGUAAGAUGACUGUUGACUGGUCGUAUAGGCCCCAAAGUGGAGGGCUGCCACUGACAUUGUUCCACUUCUCCUCACGUGCGUUCCCCCCACUUGAUGGUCAGUUUACUGGUCGGAUCCGGUGGCAGGGAUCCCCGGCACGCGGGGUUGCUUCCAUCUCUCUGGUCAACGCCACGCUGACAGAUAAUGGGACCUACACGUGCUCUGUCAGAAACCCCCCUGAUGUUCACGGGUCCCCGACUUCUCAAAUUGUGCUUACUGUCACACCCAAAAUGCCCAGCAUUCGCUUUUCUGAUGUUGCGGUUCUCCUUGCUUUCGUCCUCCUCCCCUCUGCUAUCAUCACCCUUAUUUUGAUUGGACGGAUGCUCUGUCCCAUGAAACAGCGCAACCAAUUAAAGGCCUACAGAUCGCCCAUAGAGGUCACAGAGGGAGAAGAGUAUGGCAUCCACCCACCGGAGGCCAAAGAAAAGAGGGCCUCCUGCUGUGGCCUAUAUCUGACGGUCUUGGAGGAUGAAGAUGAGUAUUACAACCUAAAAAAGAAGUCUCCUGUGGAUGAAGGCUAUACUGAGUCUCAGUGCUAGAGAACCCUGCUGGUAUGGAGAUAUAACUGCAACUUCUAGACUGCAACUUCUAGAUGUGCCUUACAUGUGAGAGGUAUUGAGUCACUUUGGUGAUGUUUACUUUUUGAGGUGACUCCUUUUUGGAAUAAUACUAUUUUUCUCUUGAGGAAUCUGAAGUAUGCAUCUCCACCAUUAUAUGUACACAGUAAAUUAUGUCAAUAAUUUCGUUUUACUGUUGUCUACAAGCUUCGAAAUUUCCAAAGCCAAGCAAGAGGUCUUAUUUCCUAAAUUUCAGAGCUUGUAGUCUUGAUAAGAUAUAUGUUUAUUCUAUACUCCAUGUACAAGUAAGCAGCUAGUGUCAUUCUGCCAGUCAGGUACACACUGACUCUGUACAUGCAA